GUCCUUGCUCGCUGUACUGGACAAUCUCCAUCAGGUUCGCACGUUAGCGUCCCAAUUCCACGAGCUCUUUUAGCAGUAUAAGACAUUAAGACCUAGCUCUUCCCGUGCUCUCUUGAUCCGACCACAGACCAGUCAUAGGCCCAUAUGAGGCGCGCCUUCGACGAGAUCUCCGACGAGGAGUGGGAGAACCACUCCUUUAAUCCCUCGAAGGUUCUGAAGAAGGGAAGGACUUCUUCUUCUCCGUCAAUUGAAUCCUUCGCUUAUCGUCCUCAACAGAAUGCCUUCUUACACCAGAACGGCAUCGGUUCGACGAACGUGGUGAACUUGGAUGAUGACGAUGAAGACGAAGACGAGGAGGUGGGGAAGCGGAACGGGUUGCCGGCCACUCGAGCAACGCGGAACAGUCGGGGUCGGCGGUACGUUGUGGACGAGGACAGCGAUCCCGAGGGUUGGGAUGAUGUUAUUGAAGUCCAGUCGGUAGAGAAGGAUGAUGAUGAAGAGUUUUCAUUUGGUUCAGAGGAGGAAGAGGAGGAAGAAGAAAAAUGGGAGGAUAAGGAGUUCGAUGUAGUCGGCAGGGCCUUGCACAAGUGCUCAAAGAUAUCGGUGGAUUUGAGGCGGGAGCUAUAUGGCUCCUCUGUUUCAGCUAUUGAUAGGUAUGCGGAGGUGGAGGCUUCUUCUAUUAGGAUUGUUACUCAGGAUGAUAUUGAUGAAGCUUGUUCUAGUGAAGAUUUGGGCUUUGAGCCGAAUCUGAAGCCUUAUCAGCUUGUUGGCGUAAAUUUUCUCUUAUUGUUGUACAGGAAGAAAAUUGGCGGAGCCAUAUUGGCGGAUGAAAUGGGGCUUGGUAAGACUGUGCAGGCAGUUACAUACUUAACUUUGUUGAAGCACCUAAAUGAUGAUCCUGGUCCCCAUUUGAUUGUAUGCCCAGCUUCUGUUUUAGAGAACUGGGAGAGAGAAUUGAAAAGAUGGUGCCCAACAUUUUCUGUUAUCUUAUUCCAUGGAGCUGGAAGGGCGGUCUAUUCAAAAGAAUUAAGUUCUAUGGGCAAAGCUGGUUUGCCACCACCUUUCAAUGUAAUGCUUUCAUGUUACUCGCUUUUUGAAAGACGCAGUUCACAGCAGAAAGAUGACCGUAAGGUAUUGAAACGGUGGCAAUGGAGCUGCAUAAUUUUAGAUGAAGCUCAUGUUAUGAAAGAUAAAAAUAGUUUUCGAUGGAAAAAUCUUAUGUCAGUUGCAAAAGGUGCUCGACAACGUCUAAUGUUGACCGGAACACCUCUUCAAAAUGAUUUGCAUGAGUUGUGGUCGUUAUUGGAAUUUAUGAUGCCUGAUAUUUUUACAACCGGAGAUAUUGACUUGAAAAAGUUGCUGAUUGCGGAAGAUACUGAUCUAAUUCCCCGUAUCAAAUCCAUUCUGGGCCCAUUCAUUCUUAGGCGCUUAAAAUCUGAUGUAAUGCAGCAGCUUGUACCGAAGAUACAGCAUGUUGAGUAUGUUGUAAUGGGAAAGGAACAAUCUGCAGCAUAUAAUGAUGCCAUAAAUGAUUAUCGUGCAGCUUCUGAAUCUCGUUCCAUGAAAUCUUCAGUUAGGACACCCAAUAAUGUUUGUAGCCUCUUUCCCAGUCGUCAGAUAUCCAAUUAUUUUAUGCAAUUCCGUAAGAUUGCAAAUCAUCCCCUACUUGUUCGGCGUAUUUAUUGUGACGAAGAUGUUGUUCGAAUUGCUAAAAUAUUAUAUUCAAAGGGUGUAUUUGGCUUUGAAUGUACCGUAGAGAGAGCUAUUCAAGAAAUAAAUGGCUACAAUGAUUUUUCCAUUCAUCAGCUUUUGUUAUCAUAUUGUGAUUCGGGUGUUAAGGAUGCUCUUACAAAUGAACAUGUUUUGGGAUCGGCAAAAUGUCAGGUAUUAGCAGAGCUUCUGCCCCGUUUAAGCAUUGAAGGCCAUAGGGUUCUUAUAUUCAGUCAAUGGACAGCAAUGAUGGACAUACUUGAAUGGGCAUUGGAGGUCAUUGGAGUUACAUACAGACGUCUUGAUGGAAGUACUCAGGUGACUGAGAGGCAGACAAUUGUGGACACUUUCAACAAUGACCCUUCCAUCUUUGCAUGUUUGCUUUCCACGAGGGCGGGUGGGCAGGGCCUGAACUUAGUUGGAGCUGAUACAGUUAUCAUACAUGAUAUGGAUUUUAAUCCGCAAAUGGAUCGUCAAGCUGAAGAUAGAUGUCAUCGUAUAGGACAAGCUAAGCCUGUUACUAUUUACAGGCUUGUGACUAAAGGCACGGUUGAUGAAAACAUAUAUGAAAUUGCCAGGCGGAAGCUGGUAUUGGAUGCUGCUGUUCUGGAGUCAGGCACAGAAUUGGAAAAUGGAAAUGAUGUGCCUCAAAAGACUAUGGGAGAGAUAUUGUCAUCCCUUCUUCUUGUUUGAGUUUGGCUGCGCAGAAUAGGUGCUAAGUAAUCAAAUUCUUUUUCAACCAUCAUGCUUUCAUAUCCAUCCUCAGUUGAAUAGUCAAAAUUCAAAAUUAAUAGUGGGUUUACAUUCACAAAGAGUACUAGUUGCACCUCCAUGAGCUUCUAUGAGGCUUUAUUCUAUUGUAAAAGUCAUUUUUUUUUUGCAUAUAAAACAAACUUAAUGACAGGAGAUAGAGCUUACAUUUCAAGGUUUCUGCAAAGCAAGUUUUAGGAAGUUUCUGCUAACACUACGAUUUGAGUGACAUAUUAAACUCUCAGAAUUUUUGAUUAGCUUAGCAGAUUAAUGCAAUGUUGCAAAUAUCCAAUUUCAGAUUCAGAUAUUCAUGAUAACUUCAUUCAUGUUCUUGAGCAAUAUAGAUAAGUUUUCUUUCUCUUGAA